AUGAAUUUAACAAAUUAUUGUCAAAAUCAAAAAAAAAACCAAGAAAUAUCAGAUUCUACAGUUCAAACAACGAUAGACUCGCAUUUAGCACAUCAAUAUACACUACCUGAAAAAAAAAAUUGGGAAAAACUUGUUUUAGAUGCUACUGUCGCAAAUGAUCCUAAUCUUGAAUUACCAAGUCAGUAUGCUUUAGGUAGACGAAUUCUAAAAGUUGAGGUACAACAAUUAAAUAGCAUACAAAAAGAAAAAGUGAUUAAAGAUAUUGUUGGUGUAACAGUUGCUUUUGAUGGUUGGAAAAAUAUAAAUAAGAAGUCAAUUUUUGGAAAAAUUUUAAUAACCUCGAAUGGUGAAGUACUAAUAUGGGGUGUUGAAGAUAUCACUAAAUAUGUUAUACUAGAAGAUGGUAAAUUAUCAUUAUCAGAAGUUGUUUGUAAGCCUGUUGGUGAUCCUGAUUUUUGGUCGACAAUAGUGGAAUUACAAUUAUUAUUGGCUCCUAUUUGUAAUUGUCUUAAUCAAUUACAAAAAGAUACAUCAAAAUUAUAUGAUGUUCUUCAUACAUUUGGAUAUCUUUAUGAAAUAAUGAAUAAAUAUUCAGACUAUGAAUUUGCUGAACUUCAAGAAUAUCAUGAAGAAAGUUUUCCUUUUACAAAAAGUAUUUGGAAACAAUUUAAUGGAGAUAUUCUUAAAUAUUGGAAACAUUGUGCAGAAAUUAAGCCAGAAUUAGGUUUUAAUAAGAUUCUAAAUAGUUGGUUUUCACUUGUCGAUGAUGAAGAAUUAGCUUAUGAUAAAUUUAAUGAAUUUGAGUGUAAUGUUACAUUUGAUGAAGAAAAUAUUAAUGUCGAAUUUAUAGCUUGUGAAACUCAGCAUCCUGCUGAUAACUGCAAUGCAAAAUGGUUACUAAAAAACCUUUUUAUUAAUAAUUUACCAGAACUCUCAUAUGUGUUAGCUGCUAAGAAACGUGAAAAAGAGAAAAAAAAGAAAGAAACUGAGUAUUUGCAUCAAAUAGCAGAAAAAAAUAAUCAAAAUUCUGUAAUAGAAAUAGAAGAGAAUGAAAUUAAUCAUUCAAAUGAAAACAAUAU